CAGGUUCUAAACAAAAUAUCACGUUCAUGUAGGCCGUGGCGUAAGUUAGAUAGUGUUAAAAUGUUAAGUAUUUUCAACAAAUAAAUUAAAUUAAUAAAACUAGAAAUGGCUAGCUCGUUGGAAAGUAAAAUAAUAGAUUUACAAGCUCGUUUGCAGCGAGAAAAUGAAGCUAACGAUAAGGAUCCAAUUUCUCAUGACAUUGGAGGAGGAUUUGGAAGUCCCAGACCUGGAUCUGGAAAAAGGCCCCAAAAGUUGGGCGAGAUGAGUACACCAAGAAGGGCUAAACCAAUAGACCUGCCAGUUAUGUUCCCACAACCUAAACAACAAGACGCUCAAGAGAUAGAUAACAAAAUGAAAGAAAUCAUCAAGCUCAGCGGUGUGCUCUGUAUUGACGGAAAGAAAUAUCAUUCUGAAAUCAGAGACCUUGAAGAUCUCGGGGAACUUGGCAACGGAACUUGCGGCCACGUUGUCAAAAUGCUUCACAAACCUAGCCAAAAAGUUAUAGCAGUUAAGCAAAUGAGGCGUUCAGGCAACAGUGAGGAGAACAAACGUAUCAUCAUGGACCUGGACGUUGUGCUCAAGUCGGAAUGUCCGUACAUCGUGCAAUGCCUCGGCUGUUUCAUCACGGAAGCCGAUGUGUGGAUCUGUAUGGAACUGAUGGCUACUUGUUUUGACAAACUGCUCAAGCGACUCAGGUCGCCCAUACCCGAACAAGUGCUCGGCAGAAUUACGUUGGCUACUGUGAAGGCUCUACACUACCUGAAGGAGAACCACGACGUAAUCCAUAGAGAUGUCAAGCCUUCCAACAUCCUGGUGGACGAGAAGGGCAACGUGAAACUGUGUGAUUUUGGCAUAUCUGGAAGACUUGUAGAUUCCAAAGCCAAGACCAAGAACGCUGGAUGUGCUGCUUAUAUGGCGCCGGAGAGGAUAGACCCGCCAGACCCCCGGCGGCCGGCGUACGACAUCCGUGCGGACGUUUGGAGCCUCGGCAUCACACUGGUGGAGAUGGCCACAGGGGUGUUUCCGUACAAGGACUGCAAGUGUGACUUUGAGGUGCUAAGUAAGGUGAUGCAGGACGAUCCUCCAGCUUUGCCCACUGACCAAGGCUUCACUCAGGACUUCCAGAGCUUUGUCAAGUGGUGCUUAACGAAGAACUACAAAAAUAGGCCAAAGUACAGAGACUUGUUGGACCACCCGUUCCUCAAGUUGUAUGAGAGAGAGAGCGUCAACGUAGCCUCGUGGUUCGGCCUCACGCUGAGUCAGAUAGAACCUCCGGCUGCUGUCACCCCUAUACCUACCCCUCUACCUGUGGCUGUCCCUAUGCCUGCUACUGUACCAGCUGCCGUACCUGUGUCCAUGGUGCAGAGGUUUACACCACCUCCCCCCUCGCCAUCCACUCGUAGACACGCCCCUCUGCCUCUACAACACCACCGGUCGCUGUCGGAAACCUGCUCGUACCAAAGUAACGGAGAGCUGCCCAGCGGACGGUAUUCCCCCUUCAGAAUGGGCGAUCCACCUCCUAUCUCCCCUCGCUACCAAAACACAACUCCUGAGUGGGACAGGAGUAGGAUGUACAGUGGAAUCAUGCCUUCGCCCAUCCCCACCAGGAAGAGGUUCCAGGACCCUCUGCCUGGUAACACUAGUCCCCUGAUGCUGCAGAGAUUCCACCAUCAGCAGAGUCAGCACAACAGGUCGACGUCGGUGUCGCCGUGCAGGCAAUACACCUCGGAGACUGUCAAGUUGGAGGACUCUGGCAACAAGAAGCGGUACUCUUCCUUCGUCAAGCUCCAGGUGGGGGGAAGCCUACCUCCCCCUCACAGCCCCGAGCCUCCGCCCCGCCACAACCGUAUGACCUCACCACUGCUCAGGAGGAACUUCAUAGAAACCUCGUCACCGUCUCCGGCCCGCAGGACCUUCCAGGAGAGCAGUCAGUCACCACUGCUGUCUCGGAGGCAUGUUUCGCCAGCACCCCCGCAGCCCCCACCUCGUAGACUAUCAGACUGCAACUCCGUACCAGGGUCGCCCCGUCGCCCCGCCAGGUUCCAACACACACCUGAGCCACAGCGCAGAGUGGUGCACAAUCGUGAAGUGGUAAGUUCGUUCCUCGGUAGUGCCAAACAACUAGUAAACAAAGCGGUUUGGUACUCGCAUCGUCUGGUGUCUGGCUCGUCGAGCCGCUCGGAAAAACAUCAAACUCACCACGUAGCUCUCGGAAACUGAGUUGCCAACUUGCAACACACAAGGGUAUUCUUGGCAUGAACCAACUAUCAAAAACCUUUUCAAAAGACACAAAUUAAUCUACCCACUCUUGUUUUGCUGGUAGAUUAUGACAGAAAUGUUAAGUUGUAUUACAUAAACCUAACAACUGAUUGACUUGGAAAUUGUGUAGAUUUUUAACCAUGCCAAAGCAUCAAAUAAUUGGUGAUCAAAAGUUCACACAUAUUUUCAGAAUCAAAUUUCCUCUGGAAUCGUCGUUGGUAUAUGAUUGUAAAUUAUGCAUCUCAAAUUGAUCUUACUAAAUCCUUGGUGAAUGAUCACUCAAAAAGGUUGUUGAGAAUCAGUAUUUUAAGUUUAACAAACCCCAUCAAAUAUUGUUGCUCGUGGAAUCAUUUUGUUGUCAAUAUUUCUUUUGACAGAUUUUUUUUACUUGUGUAAUUGAUUUUAUGAUUCCUUAUCAUAUCCAUUUUUCAUUUUCCUUCAUUACCCGAUUUUUUGUAUCCUGAUCAAAAUUACACUUUGGACCCGCUUUUAUCACCAAAGAUUAAAUCCAUGGUCAGUUUCAGUGGGUUUUCUUGUGCCAUUGUGUUUGAUGCAGACCAGUUUUUAAGCAUGUCCAAAGAUUUGAUUUACAACUGAUCAGUAUGUUUUACCACCUUUAGAGUUUAACAGUUUGUAUCAUUGUAAAUAAUCACUAUCAUUUUUGUGUGUAUGUGUUGCAGUUAUAUUGGCCUUCAAUUCAAAGUAAAUAUUUUAUCCCAGAUCCCUGAAACUUUAUCAAAACUGAGUGUCAGAAGUUUUUUUAAUUCUCUAUCAACAAGUUGAAUCACAAAUUGUUUACCUUAUAAGUCUAUUAAUAUUUUUGUUUUAAACUAUAUACUAUAUUAUUUGUAGGUAUAAACAAUUUUACCAUGAACUAUUUUAUCAAAAUAUGUUUUCAAUUUCAAAUAUUGUGGCUGAACGCAAUUUUAUGUGAUAGUUUUUACAUGUAAUACAAAAGUUCAAACCAUUUUUGUAUAUAAUCAUGGAAGAUUUACUUAUUAGGUUUUGAUUAGUUUUAUCGUGUACUUAACGCAAUUUAUAUAAUCUUAAAUAUAACCCUUUUUUUAAAUCCCUCGCUAUUCCAAAAUAAAUGGAGUGCAUGUCGCAGGAAGACGAGAGAUGGCUUUCGAUGGUCUUUCAAAAUUAUAACGUUUUAAGUAUGGUAUUUUUCGCUUGUGAAACAAAUUGCCUCUGCUGAUAUUAUAGGUGUCAUUAUUCAGUUUUACCACAAAGAAGUAAGAUACAGAGAAUACACGCUUAUGGGACAAGCGUGCGCUUUUAGCUCUGGUAAGUUUUGGCAGAAAUGUACUAGUAUCGAGCAAGGAAGAGCACGAACGGCAAUGGCCACAUCAUUUUUGUUCAGCAGUUGUAGCGCACUGGGUCUUCCGAAUGUGUGAGCUCAGUACGUGAUGGCGAUAGGAGAGCGGACGAGAGUAGAAUUUGCUCUAGACGCCAGCGACUGGUGCUAGACACCACUAUGAAUGUAUCUGUUUCUUACUUCUCUGUGGUUUUACGCUUGUAUUUAUGUAAUCACGUCUCUGUACAGUGCCUGAUAUAAAACAUGUAUCUGUAAUUACUUGUAACAAAUUGGAUUCUGUAAGUGCACUGGAAAUGUAAAUUUCAAGGUGUUUUUUUAAGUUGUCGAUGGAAAUUCAAUCCCGGGCCAGUUUAUUGUAGUUUAUCCUGAGAUUGUAGGAUUAUGACAUUUUCGGGGUUAAAAAGUAUCCAAGCUAUAAUGAAAUGAAUUUAACAAAAUAACUCACAAAAUUUUCAAAUAAAAAUGCUGGUAAUUUCACAUAAAACAGUAAAAAAACUAUUUAACUAACUUGUUAUUUACUUAAAAAACAUUAAAAAGUAUAUUAGAUGGCUUAAGUUAAUAUAAAAAGGACUAAGGAUCAUAUUUUCCUGAGUCUAACUUCUAUAUCAGAAAAAUUAUUAUUAUUGGCUUAUAUCGAUGUCAUCAAUCCCUUCCCUAUGACUCUGUUAAAAAUCUUCCAAUCAAAUAUGUACACAGCUAUUUAAAUAUAGUUAGUGUAGUAGCUGUGUCUAAGUUAAAAAGGCAAUCAAUUGGAAAUUUUAACAGUUGAAAUAUUUAAUUUUAAAAAUAGUCGUUUGGAAUUUUCUGAAUUUUUGGCAGUUUUCAAAACUUCUGUUUCUUUGUAUCUACAUACUGUACUGACUGUGUUUUGUCAUUUUUCUAUUUUUUGUCCUAUAGGUAGUUAAAAAGUUAUUUUUUUAUUUCAAAGAAAGGUAAUUGGAAAUAAUGUUGAUGAUGGAUAAAAAAGUAUUUGUUCAAUAUAAAAGGUUUUAAGGGGUUACAGUAUAAUAUUUAUGUUUAUUUUGAAUCAUACUUAUCGAGGGGUUUGUAUUUUUAUAAUCCCAUAAUCCCUGGGAUGAAAAACUUGCCCUGGAUUGAAUUUCUUAGUCAUCAAGCUUGAUUGAAAUAUAAUUGAAUUCAUGGCGAUUCAUAACGCCUGGGGUAAAAACGUAGAUUUUAUUUUUAGGAUAAAAAAAACUGUGGUAUUUUGUUUGAAAUUAUUUAAGGCAAUUUAAUUUUUGGUACUGUAAUUUUAUGAGUAAUUUUAAUUUAAACCAGUACAAGUCUAGUUUUUAAUUGGUACAAGUAUAACUAAUUUUUUCUAACACUUUUAGCAAUAUUUUUGAUUUGGUUUUAACUUUAUUUGGAUUUUAGUAACCUUAAAGUAAGUCAUUGAUUAAGUUGUGUCUAUUUAAUUCUGAUUGAACUGUAAUGACCCUAAUCAUUUAACUUUUUACUAUACAUUUUAAAUAGGGAAAGUAAAAGUUAAGUUCUUGAAGAAUGCUGGUUUACUAUGAAUUGUAUAAGGACUUGUUGAAUAUCUUUUAAAGUUGAAAUCAAGUGGUUUUUUUAGUUUUCAAGCUGUGCCAUUUCAUUAAAUGUAGUUAGCGACUGAUUGUAGUUAGUCACCGUUUUGACUGCUCAUUUAACAUUGUUUUAUUAGGUCUUCAGAAAUGUGAGAAACUUUUUCACUAGUUUUGGAUCUUUUCCAUUACAUGAUUUCAAAUUUAUAUUUUUUUUUUCAAGAAAAAUUGUAAUAGUUACUUUGAAUGUACUCAUGUUCAUUGAUGUUUGGUAAAUAGUUUUUCUAACUUUUUUUGCAUGAAGCGAGAGAUGGUACACAAAUUUUUGAAGGGAAGAACAAAAGGAAAAAUAUUGUUUUUGCCAUUCAGCAAAAUCUUAUUUUUUCAAUACAUGCCUUGCGGUGCUAAAGUCAUUCUUUCCUCCUAAGGGCAAAACAAAAUUAGCUUGAGUCGAGGACGUCUAUUGUUGCUUGUGUCUAAAAGAGCCACUUCAGGCCCUAGUGAUGAGAUUAUUUUGUUCCAUAAGACAUUUUGAGUACAAAACAAUCAUGUUGAUCAAUUUGUUUAAAACUGUCCUAUCUUUAACUUGACCAUUUUUUUAAUAACCAAAUCCAAACAUAAAUGUUUAAAUCUGAUUUUUUUUAAAUGAAGCAUGUAGUGGAAAUAAUCACCGAUUUGCUCAUGUCACAGAAUUAGUUUAUAAAAUGUAGUUUGGAAUAGUUUAAACAUUUUUUUAUUUGUUGCAUUUUAGUAACAAAAAAUAGCAAAUAGUCACUUUUGCCUUAUGCAGGUUUAUGAUAGAAAAUAGCUUAUUCCCUAUGGGAAAUUUGCUGUUGCCCUAUGGGAAACAGAUUUAAAACUGUUAUUCACAUUCACUGUAAAAUUAAAAUAAUAAAAUGCACAAAUUUUAAAAUUUUGUAUUAGAUAAAUUUUAAUAUCUUUAAAUAGAAAGUAAAAUUUUUUAGAUUCAUGUCACCACUUUUUCGAGCUUUGAUAUUUUUGUAGCAGCAAUCCUAGGAACAUAAAUGUGAAUUUUGUAUAAGGCAAAAUAGUGAAAUUGUUUUGUAUUUUGAAUACACCUGAAAAUCAUACAACUGGUUCAUUUUGUAACAACGCAAUUUCGUUUAGUUGUAAAAACAUAAAAUUGUAAUUUCUUGAUAAUUUAUUUUUAGUUGAAGAUUAGGUUCUUGUUAAUUUAUUUACGUUGCUUAUAUUAUAUUUUUGUCUUGUAUA